AACAAAAGAAAUCGUGUUACCUGUCUGUGGAAGUAUCUCCUCCUCCAUCGAUCUCUGCUCUGUGAUUUCUUCCUUCUCCGAAACCCUAAUUCGUGAAUAAUCUCACGUAUUCCCUUUCUCGACGAGCUUGAUCAUGGAGUAUCCAUGGGGUCCUCGCCCCCCACACGGUAAUUUCUGUCCGGUCUGCUCAAAUUCCCACUUCCCUUUCUGCCCCGCCCCUCCUCCUCCGCAGUACUUCAGACCACCGCCGCCGCCGCCAGAUCAAUUCUACCACAUGCCACCACCGCCUCCGCCGCCGCCCCAGCCUCCCUACGAUCCGUUUGUGGAUCAUCAAGGAGGCCCCCCUGUCAAUCCAUACCCUCCGCCUCGGCCGUGGAAUGGUAACACUAAUUUCAGCAGCAAUUACUACGGGAAUUCGUAUCCGGAUUAUGAUCAGAAUGGUCAUGUUGGAGGUAAGAGGAUGCGAUUCGACAGUGCGAAUGAGAGCUACACGUGUGCUGCGUCGGAAGAUGAGAGGAGACUGAAAUUGAUUCACGACCAUGGAUUUAUGAACCAUGGUUUGGACAAGAAUCUCGAUGGUGGUUACAGGCAUUCAAAUCAUUCUUUAGAAACGUCCAAUUUAGGUGAAAAUAAUGGAAAUUUUGGGGAUCGCCCAGCGAUCAGCUCAAGUAACAAGAUUUUAAAGAGAUCGCCAUAUCCUGAAGCUAUGAAGUAUGAAAAUGUAGCUUAUCAAGAUCAGCAAAGAAAUUUUAGUGUAGGAAGCCGCGACAAUCAGUUUAUGCAGCCUAAAUUGGGGUAUUACGGUUUACCAAAUCACAGUGAUAAUGUGCACCCUGUUCAGGUUUCUCCAGGAUUCAAUUCCCACUCUCCAAUUCCCAUGAAUCAGCCGCCACCGACUCCUGCACCACCGAGAUUUCGUUUUCCUGAGCCUUAUGUUGAUUCUGCAUCCUCUCUCCGGCCCCAAUCUACAUUGGUUUCUGAAGGGAUCACUUCGGUUUCCGGUCACUACUCAAGUCAAGUUGCUCUAAAUGGCUUUUUUUCGAAGGACACACAAUCCAUGAAAAUAGCUUCAGCCAAGACAUUGAAUGGGGAGCGCGAUGAGUUUUCUUCUAGGCACCUUCCAUUGGAUAAGCCAAGAAUCAUUGAUGCCUCUCACAUUUUAAAACAUCCACACCGUGCUAACCGCCCAGAUCACAUGGUCAUAAUUCUGCGAGGGCUUCCAGGCAGUGGUAAGAGCUAUUUGGCAAAACUUUUGCGUGACCUUGAAGUUGAGAAUGGUGGCACGGCUCCACGGAUUCAUUCCAUGGAUGAAUAUUUUAUGACUGAGGUUGAAAAGGUUGAGGAGACUGAGGGCUCAAAAUCUUCGGGUUCAAGUAGAGGGAAAAAAACCACAACGAAGAAGGUCAUGGAGUACUGCUAUGAACCUGAAAUGGAAGAGGCUUAUAGGUCAAGCAUGUUGAAGGCAUUUAAGAAGACCCUGGAUGAGGGAAACUUUCCCUUUGUGAUUGUGGAUGACCGCAAUCUGCGGGUAGCUGAUUUUGCUCAAUUUUGGGCAACUGCAAAGAGAUCUGGGUAUGAGGUUUAUUUGGUAGAAGCUACGUACAAAGAUCCUGCGGGCUGCGCUGCAAGGAAUGUUCAUGAUUUCACACAGAAUGACAUACAAGAUAUGGCAAAUCAGUGGGAGGAGGCCCCGUCCAUGUAUAUGAAGCUAGAUAUCAAGUCUUUGAUCCAUGGAGAUGACCUGGAAGAAAAUGGGAUUCAAGAGGUUGAUAUGGAUAUGGAUGAUGGCAAUCAUAUUGCUGAUUCCUCUGGUCCUGAAGACGCAAACAACGAAACAGUUGCCAGACCAUCCGGAGGUUUUUCCAGUAAUGAUGGUAUGCUGUUCAUGCUUCAAAUGAAAUUUUCACCUGAUCAAUUAAAAGAUGAGCAGAGUGGGGAUGCCUCGGAAAUUCAUACGGUAGAGGAGGUGAAAGAACUGGGGAAGAGUAAGUGGUCGAAUGAUUUAGAUGACGACGAUGCACACAAGACUGAUGGAACUGUCGAAGAUCCAGGCGCACUCCCGAAUUUAAUAAAAUCAUACAGCAAGAAAGGUAAAUCUGUGCGUUGGGCAGACAAGGUCGGAAGCAGCAUUGGUUUUUCAAUCGGUUCCGGGAAAUCAGGAGUUGUGUCAUUGAUCAUUGGCCCUGGUCCUGGAUACAAUUCGAAAGCGAACCCCCCACCUGAAGACGAGAAACUUAGCAAGAGGCAAGGGGAGCGCAGAAACCGUAACGUUUUGCAAGAACAGCUGCGCGCCGAGGGGGAGGCCUUCAAAGCUGUGUUCGACAAGAGGAGACAUCGAAUUGGAGGGCUUGAUCACAUUCAAGGCGCGGAUGAUGUUGAAUAGAAUUUAUUGUACGUAUUGUGUAUUUGUUGUAUCUCUUCUUCUUUGUUGUAUCUCUUCUUCUUUAAGACCAUCAACCAAUCCAGCCCUUGAAUUUUGUAGUCGAAUUGGAACUCCUAUUGCUGAGUAAAUUUUGUAUAUCAAUUCACCCGCAGUUUGAAAA